CGUUUACCUCUGUCUACUUUGUCCAAGCUCCAAUGUUUCUCACUCUAUGCUUUCAAUCGUUAUGACUCUUGCCCUUUUCUUCCAAAUUCAUAACACCUGCUUCUCCUGAUUUUCCCGGUAAAGUUACUGAAAAAAGAGCAGUCACGUUUCUUCAAGUUUUUGUUUGACUCUUGUGAAUUUAAUCUUUUGGAGAUUUAGAUGGAUUUAGGUCUCCAUGCAUCACUUGCCUCGAUUUUUAACUCAUAGCCAGAGGGGCGGCCCUAUGGACCCUAAGAACCGUCGGAGGCCGAGGCUGGAUCGCCGAAAUGCGGCGAAGCACAUUGAUUAUGAUGCGACGUCGUAUUGCUCCUCUUCAGACGACUUGUCAUCGUCGUCUCUGGUCACUAGGUCUCCUGACUUGCCAGAUCGGACUAGUUUUCGGAUUGAAGGAACCGAUGGUGAGUUUGACCGCAUUUGUCGGACCCUGGGCUUGUCGGGUCCCGAGGAUUUUGCUAUUCCGGCGGCGGCGUGGGAGGCGAUGAAGGUCCGGUCGGCUUCAGAUCUUCUGCCGCGGUCCAGAUUGCACGAGGCAAAUAGUCCGGGGAUAGGGGACAAGAAACAUCAUCAUCAGCUGCAGGAUCAGGAGGAGAGUGAAUUGUGUACUAGGGUUGUAGAUAGUGUUAGCAUUACAGACGCUGCUGAGUUGUCUCGGGACGAGCCAGUUGAGUCAGCUAAGUUAAAUGCUUGUCGCGGUGUUGUUUGCGGUGCAGCAGGGGGAAUCAAAGGGGUUAGGCCGCCGCUGUUGAAGCCGCCGCCUUCAAUGACGUUACCGGUGAUCGAUAACGCUUGUUCAACUUGGGAUUUAUUGAGGGAUUUUGCGCCUGAGAAUGAUAGAGGUUCCUUGUUGGUGGCUAGUGGAGACUUCUGCCGUGAUGAUGAGGAAGAAGGACUUGGUGAACACGGACUUGAUUUGGCUGCUAUUAAGAGAGAAGAAGAUGGUAAUUCGUUGAGGGUAUGGGAGUCAUGUUCGUUUACCACAUCCAGUGAUGAUGAUUCAUCAAGUACUACCACGGAACUCAUGUCCAACAUUUCGCCAAAUGGGAGAUUUAGAAGGAUUAUUGAUUACUGGGAAAAAGGUGAGCUUCUGGGAAGGGGGUCGUUCGGAUCGGUAUAUGAAGGAAUCUCUAAUGAUGGAUUCUUUUUUGCUGUAAAAGAGGUUUCUUUGCUUGAUCAAGGAAAUGAAGGCAAGCAAAGUGUUUACCAACUUGAGCAGGAGAUUGCUCUUUUAAGUCAGUUCGAACAUGAAAACAUAGUUCAGUAUUACGGCACUGAUAAGGAUGACUCGAAACUAUAUAUCUUUCUUGAGCUUGUAACUAAGGGCUCCCUUAUGAAUCUCUAUCAGAGAUACAAUCUUCGAGAUUCACAAGUUUCUGCAUACACAAGGCAGAUUUUGCAUGGUUUGAAGUAUCUUCAUGCUCAAAAUGUUGUUCAUAGGGAUAUCAAAUGUGCAAAUAUAUUGGUAGAUGCUAAUGGAUCAGUGAAACUUGCAGAUUUUGGAUUGGCUAAGGCAACAAAAUUAAAUGAUGUUAAAUCUUGCAAGGGGACUGCAUUUUGGAUGGCACCUGAGGUUGUCAAUAGGAGAAAUCAGGGUUAUGGGCUUCCAGCUGACAUGUGGAGCCUUGGAUGCACUGUUUUGGAGAUGUUAACCCGUCAGAUCCCAUAUUCCCAUUUAGAAUGUAUGCAGGCAUUGUUUAGGAUUGGCAGAGGUGUGCCACCACCUGUUCCUGAUUUUCUUUCACCAGAUGCACGGGAUUUUAUUUUGCAAUGCCUACAAGUUAAUCCCAAUGAUCGUCCUACUGCUGCUCAGCUCUUAGACCAUUCAUUUGUAAGACGAUCACUUUCCACGUCAUUGUCAGGUUCUGCGUCACCUUAUAUUGGCCGAAAAUCUUGGAAGCUCUCACCUAUGACUACUGAUAAUUAGUUCUGUCCACAGCAAAGCAUGCAGGACUCAUUUAUCAUGUUGCAUAUACAAGUGGGUCGACUUGUUCUUGGACGCUGUAUUUUGCAGCCAUUAAUUUUUGGUUGCAUAAAACUAAAAGCAUGCGAGCUUGGUUUAAAUUAAUGAAGAUCGAAAUGACGUGCAGGAUCUGGCCUUGUAACUUUACUAUGAUGAUAUCAGAUUUUUUAUUCAUGGGUUCUGCUCUGAAAAUUCAACUUUAUAGCUCUGACGGUUCUUAAAGUAGCAUUUAGUUAUUUGUCUGCUGUGGAAAAGAUAAAUUGUUGUAAGAAAUGGGGAGCAGACGCCAUUGUGUGUAUAUAUCCCAUGAUUGUAGCAAAUGUCAGUGAUAAUUCAACUUUUAGUGUUUUUUUUUUUUUUUUCAAAAGUUUUGUACUACGAACGGCUUUUGUAAAAUAUGUUCCAUAUGAAUGCAUUGAUUCUAAAUUAUUUCUUUGCUGGUGAA